AUGUUCAAUUACGUAUUUUUCGUGAAAUUCAAAGUCUUCGUUUAUAUAAUUAAAUUAUUUGAUAUAAUUUUUAAUAAAAGAAAUGAUGAAUUAAUUAAUAUUUCUUUAAUUUUUGAAUUUAUUGAAUCAAAUUUAAAAUUAGUAAUUCAAGAUGUUAAAAGGCCUUUUUGUGAAUUAAUACCUAAUUUUUAUUUUAAACAAAUAAUUUAUGGAAUUAUUUAUUUACAUAAUUUAAACAUUAUGCAUAGAGAUUUAAAACCAGAAAAUAUUUUAAUAACAUCCAAUAAUCAAACAAAAAUAGCUGAUUUUGGUUUAGCUUGUAUUUAUUUCCCGAAUGAUAUUAAUCGAGAUUAUGAACAUCAGGUAGCUACUCGAUGGUAUAGAGCUCCAGAAUUACUUUUUGGUGCAACAAAAUAUACCCCAAAAAUUGAUAUUUGGGCAUUAGGGUGUAUUUUUGCAGAAUUCUUUAAUGGAAUACCUUUAUUUAUGGGAGGAACAGAUAUAGAACAAUUAUCUAAAGUUUUCCAAAUUUUGGGUACUCCAACUGAAGAAAGUUGGCCGGGAUGGGAAUUUUUGCCAGAUGCUGGGAAAGUUCUUUUUGAUAUAACAAAGCCUGUUGAAAAUUGGAAGAAAUUAAGUAGUUUUUAG